ACAAUUGUUCAUCACAUCCUACAUGACCUUUCUUGAUUGGCUACAAGAGCGACAACUUAAAAAGGAACACCAAACUUUACCUCCACGCGCCACUGUCUUAAACCCUUCUUUUGCUUCGUAACGUAACAACAUUAAUCUCAUGAUUCUCAUCAGUAUCUCUCUCUCUCUCGAACAAUGACGAUGUCGCCUUUACUAUUCAUUGGUUUGAUUUGCCUUGCUGGUGGUGGCUCUCUUUUACCAGCGGAGGCGAUAUGGUUAACGAUUCCAAGUUCCGGCGAGAGAUGCGUCUACGAAAUGAUCCAAGCCAACGUUGUGGUCGUUGGCGAUUACCUUUGCAUCGAUCAAGACAACGUGGGAUUUGGUCCCACGAUUGAUAUUCAUGUAACAUCACCUAACGGGAAGGAACUAUACAAAAAAACAAACGAGACGCAUGGUCAGUUUGCGUUUACAACGAGCGAGACAGGAACAUACUUUGCUUGUUUGUCGUCUCAUCAUGAUCAGUCACAUUACACAGUCAAUGGCACUGCUAUAGUCAGUCUUGACUGGAAGAUGGGGAUUCGAACCAAAGACUGGGAUGCUGUUGCCAAGAAACAAAAGAUCGAGGGUGUGGAGCUUGAGCUUCGAAAAUCUGAAGAACGUGUUAAUGAAAUUAGCGCAAACAUUAUCUAUCUAAGAGUCAGGGAAGCAUAUAUGAGGGAAGUAAACGACAAGACUAACAAGAGGGUUGCACAGCUUAGCUUUAUGUCAUUAGGUCUCUCUAUUACAGUUUCGCUUUUUCAAGUUUGGCAUCUCAAACGCUUCUUCCUCAAGAAGAAGCUUAUCUAACUUGAUUGGUUCCAUAUUGUAUCUUUCUUGGGGGAUCACUAUAUAGUCAUACCAAGUCAAUAAAGAAACAUUUAUCUCCUGAGCAAGAGAAUUAAGCAGGA